AUGACUCGAGUAUACGUAGGGAACCUGGAUUCACGAGUGUCAGAAAGAGAGCUUGAAGAUGAUUUCCGAGCUUAUGGCGUGCUUCGUAGGUGGGUGAUUGUUGGUUGUAAUCUUAUAAUUUUCCCAUCUUCCUGAAGUAUUCUGCAUUUGUAUCUAUCAGUGUCUGUGGUCGUAAAGAGGCAGUUGAUUGUGAUAAGAAGAUAUAUUUGACACUUUUAAAAUAUCCUUUUUUUUCUUAAUUCAUUAUGUGCGUCUUCCGUAGGUGCUUGGAUAAAACAAGUGAUUUGCUUACCUUGUAAUUAUGUACUGAUGAUGUUUCAGUUUGUGUGGACAUUAGUGGUCAGAGCUACUGCUCUUGUCAUGAAGAAAUAGUAAACGCUGUAAAACGUAAAUUUUUGAAUUCUCUGGAUGAACAGUUCAGUUGCAUUAAACAAGUGAUUCCCUUUUGAUUACUGCAUGCUAUUUUUCGGUACAAGAGUAUGGCUCUUAAUUUUUUUCCGUGAGAAGACAAAUUGAUGGAGAUGAUCACAUGACAUUCGUUUUUCUGGCCUUCUUAUUUUUUUCAGUGCAUAUUCUGUCAAUAAUUGCAUAAAUAAUUUAAAUAUUUACCUUCUUUCAGUAAGGUGUUCGUUUUCGUGACAUCAUGCAUAUUCUUAUUCUCUUUUUUUAAUUAUCCUUACUAUAGUGCGACACUUAUCAUGUUCACGCGAAUGCAUGUAAAUAAGCAAAAGCUGGACAGGAUGGCGUCUUUCUUCCUUCAGUGGCGUGGAGGAAGUGAUUGUUAACAUAUUUGCACACUUAUUGCAGUGUUUGGGUUGCUCGAAGGCCACCAGGUUAUGCUUUUGUUGAAUUUGAUGAUCACAGAGACGCUGUAGAUGCUAUCCGUGCAUUGGAUGGUGAGCAUAUAAGUUUUCCAUUUCAUUUGUCUACCUGACUGAUAAUGUCAUAGGAACCUGAUAAUACCAUCAUCUCGCAAUUUGUGUAUAGUAUGUUUCACCUGUUUAUUAGAGACAUAUCGGCCACCUUGAUGUGGACACUUUGGAAAUGCUGCAUAUCAAUUCUGUUUCACUGAAACUGGUCAUAUCUGCUGGACAACAUGUCAUUGAAUUUUUCGGCAGUGUUAUAUCUCAUAUUCAAUUUCUCACAGUUGAAUUGAUGCAAAUCUGUACACCCAGACCAUCAGGAACUAUAUGCUUUCUAAAUAUUUUAGAAGGAUUAAACUUUCAGUUGUGUUAAAAAAACUGAUCCUUCAUUUUAGAAGGAUGAAACUGUUUUUAAAUUCAUUCUAAUUCUUGAGAAUUGACCGAGUAUUUGGGGGGGGGGGUGUGGAUAAGGUGAAAAAGUUAGUUUUCUAUCGGCCGUCUCUUACUCUUCAUAUCACUCUGUACUUUGGGAGACGCAGAAUUCCAGAUUGAUGCAUCUAGGCAGCGCUGUUGAAUUACUUGAAGAGCACAAGGCAUUUCAUCAGAGAAAGUGCACAAGCAGAUAGGAAGACAGAUAAUUAUGGUGGAAGUAGGCAGGUUAAGGGCAGCUUUCUUUCUGGUGAGGUGCUGUAUGUAGAGACUGUCCGAUGCGUACAGCUUGUUUGAAAUUAUUUUGGAGAGGCAUUAUGCUUAUGCUGAAUGAACUUCAGAAGGGUAUAAGGUGCCUCCUUACAACAGAUGAGGGGCCCUGAUAUUGUCUCUUGUGACAAGAUACGGCCUUCAUGAUGUUUUUUCCUUUAAAUUAUGGAAAUGUAAUGAUAUAUUACUUCGGUGGUAAUGUUUUUUUGGAGACUUAAUUCGAUAAGGUAAUAUGGACAUAAAAAGAUCUCAUACAGAAGAAGUAAAUGGGCCCUCAAUAGUCCUCAUUGACCAAAAAUCUUGAGUAUUUGAGAAAGUUAAGUCGUCAAUGAUUUGAAUUGAAGGGUACCAGAUCCCUUCUUGACUUGAGGCAACAGAUUAUAGUUCUCAUGAGAGGUUUGCUUGUAUACGCUUUUCCAAAGAAACUAAGGUGAUCCUGAUAGGGAUGGAUAUGAUUAGUGGAAACUCCUCCUCAGCUAUCAGAUGACAAAAAUUAUAAAAUUGGGAACAAAAGUGAAGCAUGGGACUUGGUUGUAGUUGAAAGAUUAUUGAAUAGUGAGUACGGAAUAGUAUUAUAACUUAUUCUGGGAGAGACUUAGUGGAUGAGAAAGCAAAGAACAGUGUUUAAAAAAAGCAACGAAAAUGGUUUUUUGGUUCUACGACCAUUUUGCGAAAAUGUGAUGGUAUCAAACUAUCUCUAUGAUCCAUUCCCUUGUAGGGAUAAAUAAAUUCACUAUUGCUUAGAAAAUAGUGAAAUGACAUGGCAUCUGGAACUUUAAUGAACUCAGAGGAGUGCUCAACAGUUGAUGAUCUCAGAUGAUAUUCAGGUGUGCUUAUGUAGAAUAUAGUUUAGUGGAUAACUCCAACUGCUGGAAAGUACUAUUUCCCAAUGAAGGUGCAACUAUUGAGUGCUGUUUUAUAGAGUCGCCAACUGAGUUAUUAUCCCCUUGCUGAAAUAUUCCCUCUCUUUUUGCUUUAUACAUGGAAAGACUUUGUCACUUCUUCGUUUGGAUAUGCUACUUGGAGAGCGUUAGUUAUAAAUUAUGGGGAUUUCUGACUCAGCUGGUUGCAUCUGGCUUGGUGGAAAUAUGUGCCAGCGGGUGAAAAUGUUUAUAGUGAAAUGUAUACUAUAUUAGCUAUCGGAUGGAUGAUCUGGGAUCAGAGGAAUAUCAGAUUGUUUAAUUCUGGUAGGGAAUGAUCAAGCCUAGGACAACUGUGGUCUCAGUGAUGUUAAUCUGAUGUGUGCAGAACCAUGAAGGACGUAGAAAAUCUGUUUGUUUAUAUCAUGCAUUUACUUAUGGCGGAAAUGGCUGGUAUGUUUUUCUUGUCGCUAUUUUUUGACUCUACUUUUAAAGAUUUUAUCUAGUCUGUAGGUUGAUGAAUGAUUAGAUAAUAUACAAUGCAUUUUAGCAUUCUAAUCUGAAAGUGCGCUAGCUGCAUAGGUGUGUUUAUUAAAAAUCUGUGCUUUUAUGUUUGUCCAUCUAUAUAGUUGUUUUGACUCAAUUACGGAUCUGUUUCUGAAAUUCUCCUUCUUCUGAGCUAUGGGAAUGUUAGCUUGGUAAUCAGAUUGAAUUAUUUUUUUGUUUGGAAGAAUCGUGUGCAGUUGACAUACGAAUGCGCUAUCAUUGAUAUUAAUGUAUUCUUGGUGUAGUUGGUGCAGUUUUCACUUUUUCCUUUCAAACUUCUGUCCCAUCUCCCAUUGAAUAUAAUAUUUCUACAAAUAAUUUUCAAAUGCAGGGAAGAAUGGCUGGCGUGUGGAGCUUUCUCAUAACUCAAAAGGUGGAGGUCGUGGUGGCAGUAGUAGUGUUGGUGGACGUCGUGGGGCAGGCGAUGGAUGUUAUGAAUGUGGUGAACCAGGUCACUUUGCCCGAGAGUGUCGUUUGCGAAUUGGUCCUGGUGGAAUGGGAAGUGGAAGGCGCCGAAGUCCUAGCCCACCUAGGUACCGUAGGAGCCCUAGCUAUGGACGAAGGUAUAUGCUAUUUUGAAUGUUAAGAUAUAACCAAAUUUAUUGGGCACUUUGUUAGUUUAAUGUUUCAUUAACUUCAACCAGUGUUCUCACAUUCCUGUGCAUCAUAAUUUUCAUGAUGUGUAGCUCCAAGCUCAUUGUCUGUAGUUUUUUUUUUUUUGUUGUGGCUGCCAUGUACUGAAGUUAUGGUUUUAAUUGCGGAUAUUUCCAGUAUGUUGAUUUUUUGAUGUAGAAGGUAUUAUGCAUUGUUCUGGAGUAGACUGCAAUGGUUGAUCUCACACCACCUGCCAGUAUGUAUUCAUUUGUCCUCCAUCUGCCUCACACUUUUUGAUUUUAUAGGAGUUACAGUCCAGGUGGACGAAAAUCCCCACGGCGUCGGAGUGUCUCCCCUCGCCGAGGGCGGAGCCCUAGCCGAUCACCAUAUCGUUCUCAUGAUUCUCCUGCUAAUGGGUAUGUUCAGUUUCCAUGA